AAUAUCUGUUAGCUAUCAGUGACCCAGUAUUCUGUGGCUAGAUUGUGAUUGUUAAUUCAUUGGGGUUUUGUGUUAUUAAAUGUUAUUGUGAAAGUGCUGAAUUUUAAUUAAAAAAAAAGCUCUUCAUAAGAAGAGUUUUGUGUUUAAAUAAUAAAAAGUAAAAUCAACUUUUAAUAAAAUCAUCAUGCUGAGCAUUGGAAUUAACUUGAGAGUGACUGGACACUGUAAUCAGGGCGGACGAAAAUAUAUGGAAGACAUGUUUAGUGUUGCCUACCAGCAGUCAUCGGGCGAUAGAGAUUUAGAGUAUGCAUUUUUUGGCAUUUUUGAUGGUCAUGGAGGUGGUGAGGCCGCUGCAUUUGCCAAAGAACAUCUUAUGGAUAUUAUUGUUAAACAAAAAAAUUUUUGGAGCGAUAAAGAUGAGGAUGUGUUGCGAGCCAUUAGAGACGGAUACUUGAAUACACACUAUGCUAUGUGGCGGGAAAUUGAUAAAUGGCCUCGAACUGCAUCAGGGCUACCUUCGACUGCUGGUACUACAGCUAGUAUUGCUUUUAUUCGAAAGGGAAAAAUUUAUAUUGGUCACGUGGGUGAUUCGGGUAUUGUGUUAGGAUAUCAGGAUGAAGGCGAUCCACAGUGGAAAGCAAAACCGUUGACAAAAGAUCAUAAACCGGAAAGUGGACCUGAGAUGACAAGAAUUCAAGAAUCAGGAGGCAAGGUCGUCAGUAAAUCAGGUGUUCCUAGAGUUGUUUGGAAUCGACCUCGAAUUGGACACAAGGGUCCUGUUAGAAGAUCAACUCACAUUGAUGAAAUUCCUUUUUUGGCUGUAGCAAGAGCUUUAGGUGAUUUGUGGAGUUACAAUUCUGCAUUAAAUACUUUUGUUGUUUCACCGGAACCUGAUGUCAAAGUUGUAUCAAUUGAUGUCAAAACUCAUAGAUGUCUUAUUUUCGGAACUGAUGGUCUUUGGAAUAUGUUGACUCCCCAAGCUGCUGUUGCUAUUGUCCAAGCUGCUGAGCGACAUAAUGAAAAACAUUUAAUAGCAACGCAUGAAAAUGAUGGCAAGCAAAAUGAUGUACAAAUGUGGAUCAAUCCAUCAACGAGUUUAGUUGAUAGAGCAUUGGAAAGAUGGUCUUCUACAAGAUUGAGAGCAGAUAAUACAAGUGUUGUAACUUUAAUGCUUGAUCCUCCAGGACCUUCUCGUAGCGAAGUUUUUCAAAAUCAAAAACGUGAACAAACUGCACCAACCGAUGCUUCUCGUCGUUCAGUAUCUUGUCCCAUUAAUCCUCAAAAUCCUGCAGAUACUAUUAAAAAACCAGAUGCAGAAUUAUCGGACACAAUGAAAUCGGCGUUAAAAAAUUGCUUUAAUCCUGAUAAUAAUUCACCUAAUUUAUCAACGAGGUAUGAAAUACCAGAAAGUUCUAAUACAAAAUUAUUAAAAACAAAUAAUCCAUCAGAAAGUAUACAAGUUGCUGAAAUAUCGUCAAGCAAUAAUUUUGAGGAAAGAAAAAAUGAAUGUAAAGGAUUUGAUAAUACAUUUAAAUCAUUGGAAACUGGUCAAAUUUCAUCUGAAAAUGAACAUACUAUGUCAUCAAUGGACAGUAUUUCUAAUUUAAAGAAUCUUAUUGAAAAAGUUCAACGACCAGAGAGAUUUCAAUUGGAAAAUAGUUCAAUUUAUUCCGAUGAUGAAGUGGAUAAAUUAUUUUCAUUAACACGUCAAAAGGCAUUUUAUCAUCGUGAAAUGUCAAAUUUAGAAAAAGUUGAAAAUACAAAAUCAAUUAAUACCGAGGAAUCAACAACUGAUUUAAAUGAAAAAUCUAGUGAAUUUAAUGAAAAUGAAAAAAUAACCAUUAAUUCAGAAUUAGUUGAAGAGAAAUUAAAUUCAUGUCAAAAUUCAUUUUGUGAAAAAUCAAAAAUUACUUUGACAAAAAAGAAAAUUGAUAAUUCACCGGAUAAUAAAUCUCAAGUUCAAUAUUCAAGAUCAACUAUUAUUACCGAAAAACGAAAACAAAAUUCAAUUUUACAUCCAGAGAAAGCUAAUUUGUAUACUAAUGAAAAUUUAAAGAAAACAAAUCGUCGACACAGUAUAACGGCUGUUUCACGUAAUACAUUAACGUCAAAAGCAAAUUUAAAGGAACCGGGAAUUGCCUAUUUGGGAUGUAGAAUUAAACGUGAAUCAAAAUCAUUGCCUGGUAAUAUUUUUGAGGAACCAUGCGUUGUUGAUAAUACAACGCCAAGAAUAAAUAAUAGUUUGAGAGGUAUUAAAAGAAGACACAGUUCAAUAACACACAGUAAUGAUGCAAGUGAAUCGUGCGCAAAACGAAGAACAAGAUCGGAGGACCGCCUUAAUCCAAUUGAUGAAAAUGAUCCAGUUAAUGAGAAACUUGUAGUUGAAGAGGCUCACAAUCGUCUACGAUGGCCAGCAAAUAAUUCUACAUUGUCACGAUCAGGUGCAGUUGUGAAUUCAACUACAGCGGGAAUUCAAGAAAGAAAAUUAUCAUCGCCCAAUUCAUUUCAAAGAAGAAAUUUGGAGAAAAAAGUAACUCCAGUGAAGGCAAUUCGAAGGCCAUCAAUUAAUGGUUCUAAUCGAAUACAAUUAAGGGGAAUAUUUGGUCUCAGAGAUUGGGAGCCAACUAGAUCUAGUCGUAGUGUUGGUUGUCAAAGUCGACAUCGAACAGUAGUUGGUCUUAUUAAUUCAGUGAAUGAAUCAUCAACACAACGUUGGUUGAGAUCUGAUACAAUUGCAGCAACUCCAGUAAAAACAUUACGCUCACGAAAUGUUGAUAUAACAGGACACACUGUUUCGGCACAAAUUGCCCAUCAAUAUCCAAUUAAACAAAGUCGUUUACCAUUACCAACAAAAUUAAAAUCAUCAUCGAUUUUGGCUUCAGCAUCACCAUCACAAGGUGCACGUAAUAAAACAUGUUCAUCAACAUCGUCAACGGGAAAAUCAAGACAGAGUAAAACACCAAAUGGUGUUAAUGAUGAUUGCAGCAAUUUAAUAAGCAUCACUGGAAUUGCAAAUGAUAAUACCUUGACAAAAAGAGUCAAAUCACCACACUCUUUUUCAUCUCGUGUUUCUUCAGUUUCACCACUUAGCACUCGAUCAAGAAUUAAACGUCUGGGAAAGUAAAAUACACAAGAAUCUCAACCGAAAAUCUUUUUUUUUCACAGAGAAAUAUAUAUAAACAUAUAUAGUCAAUAUUUACUAGAUUUUUUUUUUUUUUUUUUUUUAAAUGCGUUGUCUGUCUAUACAUAUACUCAGUUAGUCGGCUCUCUUUUCUGUAUCGAAUUUAUUGAUAUCACUUUUUACUAUACUAUUCAAUUUUUUAGCUAGUUUUUUAUUUAAACGAAAAAAAAUUUUGUAAAUGUGCAAAAUGGGGUUUUUUUCAAUUUGCACUUUAAAUGUUAAUUUUACUAAUACAUUGUCUUUUUUUUAUAAUUGCUUACUAUUUUCUUUAAUGGGAAUUCAUGUGAAAUACAAAAAAAAAUUUGUGUGAAGAAUUCCGAUAUAAAUAAAAAGAAAAUUUAUUUUCUUAGUAUUAUUCAUAAAUUACCAAUUUGGUAGUUUUAAAAAUGUAAUUUAAAUUUUUAUACAAAUUUUCAGUAGUUAAAUUCUAAUUUAGUAUUAAAAUUACAAUAUUUAAAAAUAUUGUAGCAGUGACACAUUUUGGUAGAAAAAAAUUUAUUUAAUUUUUAAUUAAUUAAAUUAUUAAUUACAAUAUUUAAAAAUAUUGUAAUAGUGUGUCACACAUAGAAAAAAUUUAUUUAAUUAUUAAGAAUAUUUUUUAAAGCGUGGUUUAUUUUGCAAUUAGAAUAAAUUUUUCAGAAGAAAGAAAAUAUUUUCUUUUUUUUCUAAAUAGAAAAAGUGUUAUCGAAACAUGCUGUUGAUACAGAAAAGAGAAAAAAUUAGAAGGGAAUAUCGAUUUGUAAGAAGCAUUAUUCGUGUUCUGUAUAAAUAUUUUUUUCAGCAUUAAAAAAAAACUUUCGUCAAUAAAUUUU